AUGCUCGUGGUGCCAAAUCAUGUGUCCAGUAUUUACACAAGGGUUUGGUGCGUUUACGAGGCGUUUUUGGCUGCUGCCUGGGACAAGCCAAUUGGGCUUGCACAGCGGCCUUUGUUAAACCAAUGGCCCAGGACACUUCGCGUUGUAAGCACUGGCUUCGCUGGCUUCGGAGCGGGCAUGUUGUAUCCACUACCAGGACUCGAGUGGUACGGCAUAAGCUGGGACAACUGGGCUUUGCACGAGAACUUGUGGCUUGCUUUCACUUGCACGGGCCUAUCACUCGUUGCCUUUUCGUCGCUGACCACGACCUUCACCUGCUGCUUCAGGAGAGCGACGGCGACAAUCCCAAUAGCAAUUCAUUGUAUGACUGCCUCCCUUACAUUUUCCAUAGCGAUGAGGGCCUCCUUCGAUGGUUUGACUAAUCUGCCAAAUCUUUUUCGCCUUGUGUUGAUAGGCGUUGGAUCAACGGGACUGGAGGUGGACUGGCACCGCACCACAAGAGCUUUGCAGCAAGCAGAUCAGCUCGCAAAGGGCUUCGCAGGAACCGUCAGGCAGGCCACAAGCUCGAGUGCCGAAGAUCUCCGAAGAAUCCUUCACGAGAUUGAGGAACAUGAGCAAGUAGAUGCCAUUGACGACAUGAUAGCUUCGUUGAUUGCAAUCAAGAUUUCUACCGUGCAGACCCGCUCGGUGCUGAAGGUGACGGGUCAACUCAAAGACAUGUCGGAUUGGAGCAGAGCCUUGUUCUCUGUGACCGCUCUCGGGUUAAUCUGGCAGUUCCGACAGGUGUACGUUUACAGGAUUAUGGAAGAUGGCAUGGUCAUGGGAUGGCUCUUGAGGGUGUUUGCUGGUAUUGAAGCCCUGCUUUGGCCAAUAAUCUUCCUCAGUCAUCCAGUCGAGUCAAAGGCAUUCGCAGAGAGAUGUGUGAAAGUCUGCGUGCUGCUUCUCCCAGGCUGGAUUGGUGAAGCGUGGUUGGGGGUCUCCUUCGAAGUUGUCGCGCACAUGUGCGUGAUCCCCCUAAUGAUGAUCCUAGCGGCUCUUGGCCCAGGACGGAUCUCUCGCGCCCCGGUUCUUGGACCAGCCCUGAUCCGCAUGCUGUUUUGGCAGAUUCCGUGCCGCCCAAAAACAGGGCUGAGGCACCCGAAGGGUGACCAGCCUAUUGACAACGAUAACGCUGAGCACCCGAAGGGUGACCAGCCUAUUGACAACGAUAACGAUGGAGUGAUUUCAUUCUAA